ACUAACAUGUUAAUUUUUCUCCACAUCUUGUCCUAAAUUAAUAAUCAUGGAUCAUUGCCAACAAAAACUACCUUUUUCAUUUUUUCUAAUUAUCUUUUGCUUAGCAACAUUGGUUUCUUCACACAGUAGGCCUUAUUCAACUCCAAGUGUCACACACUUGACUGAUUCUUUUCCUCAUGUCCCAAUUGAUAGUGCUUUUUCUAAUGCUUUUGGAGCCACAAAUGUCAAAUUUCUUAGUCAUGGGUCCAUGGCCACCUUGGCUCUUGACAAAAUCUCAGGCUCUGGCUUGGUCUCAAAAAAUAGAUACUAUUAUGGAUUCUUUAGUGCUGCAAUCAAAUUACCAGCUGGUUUGUCACCUGGAGUUGUAGUUGCCUUUUAUAUGUCAAAUGCAGAUAAAUUCCCUCACAACCAUGAUGAGAUAGAUAUUGAAAUUCUUGGUCAUGACAAGAGAAAUGAUUGGGUAGUUCAAACAAAUAUCUAUGCAAAUGGAAGUGUCAGCACUGGAAGAGAAGAGAAAUUCUAUUUCUGGUUUGAUCCAACACAACAGCACCAUUAUUAUAGCAUCUUGUGGAACAAUUAUCACACAGUGUUCUUUGUUGACAAUAUUCCAGUAAGAGAAUUCAAACACAGCAACACACACCUUUCAAUUUAUCCAUCAAAACCAAUGUCAGUAUAUGCAACAAUAUGGGAUGGUUCAGAAUGGGCAACACAUGGUGGAAAAUACCCUGUCAAUUACAAAUAUUCACCAUUUAUUGUUUCAUUUGCUGAAAUGGAAUUAAGUGGAUGCAUAGCUGAUCCAACAGCAUCAAUUUCAUCAUGUUCUAACUCCAAUCAUCCUUCACAAAUUGACCCUGUUAAUGGAGCAGAGUUUACUAAGCUUUCACAACAACAAAUUGCAGCUAUGAAUUGGGCUAGAAACAAACUCAUGUUUUAUUCUUAUUGUAAUGAUAGAACUAGAUACAAAGUCUUACCACCAGAAUGUCAUUAAACUAUAUAAAAGUAUAUAUUAAUUUUGAAAAAUUAUGAAAAAAUAAUUCCUCUAAAGUUAUUCACCAUUAGUUAUCAUGAAGGAAGAAAUAUUCUAUAAUUAUUUUACUUUUAAUCCUUCAUGAUAAUUAUUUUUGAGGAAUUCCUUUUUCUUAUUUUUUCUGAUAAUUUAUGAUUUUUAUUUUAUUUAAAUAUUAUGUUUUUAAACUUAAGGGGAGAUACUGAUAUAUUUAAGUUCAAUUCUUUGACUUAACAAUUUGUAUUGAAGAGUCAAAUAGAGGAGUCUGGACAAAUCAAUAUGAUGUACUUUCAUGUAUCUAUACAAAGUUGAUACACCUACACAAGGCAAAUGCUAAUUUUCACUGUUGUCUUCA